AUGUCGACACCGCCCGACGAGAAUGCGAAUCUUGUCCGAACAUUGACGAAUGCGCUGAGAGUGGCCCAUGACGAGAUUGCCCGUUUGAAAGCCCAGAUUGCUGCACAUACGACGGAGUUGGAGUUGGUGAAGGGUCGCGGUUCGACUAGCAGGAUCGAUGAAGCAAGCCAAACGCGUCGAGGCGCUGGAUCUACCUUGCAACAGCAGAUCGCACGAUCAGGGGACCGAGAACGACACUUGCCAGCGGAGGUAGCGACGCAGCCCGCCUUUGACAAGGAGAUGCAGGCCCUUCGAGAGGAGCGAGAUACCGCGGUCAAGGACCGCCACAUGCUGUUACAGACUUUGGCUGCGCAUGAGCGGGAGAUUUCAGACCUGCGCCAGGUUAUCGAAGGUCGGGAAAGCUAUGUACGCGCGGAGCCGCUACCAGGGCAAGAAAAAAUCCCACUAUCCAAUACCAUUUCGGAACUCCUCGCAUCCAACUCAAAUCCAACGCAGAGUGGAUCGCCUGAAGCUUUUGAAACCAAUUCUGCAACCAACGCAACCACAUACCAAUCCUGUACCCGUUGUUCGUUAACCCAGACCCCGAAAUGGAGAAAGCAUCCGCAGACAGGCGACCCAUUGUGUAACGCCUGUGGUCUCUAUGUCACCCGCAUCACGAACUUCAAAUACGAUUUGGGACCAAAUUCCGACCAAGACGAUAUCGUGGAAGGCGCUUCAGGGAGCGAAUUCGAUGGAGAUGACGAUGGGUCUAGUUAUGGACCCGGGGCGGUUGUUCUCAGCUGCGCGCAAUGCUUGGAGACAAAGACUGCGUUUUGGCAUUGGCCACCUGGCGGAGGAAAGCCGCUAUGUGGAACUUGUGCGCCACGAAAGACUUCAAGUUCCGCAAAACGCAAGGUUGAUGAAGACGAAAGUAAUGUAGCCCGCGCGAAAAAAACAAAGUCUCGCGGUGUGGACGACGACGCCGAAUGGCAAGGCAGCACGAGUUUCAAAUCGACUGCUUCUUCUUCUCCGAGCCGCACAGGCGGCUGUGCUCAUUGUGGAACGACGAAAACGCCUCAUUGGCGCCGAUCAUUGGCGGGUUUGCAGGUGUGCAACGCAUGUGGGCUGCAGGAUAGGAAGCGUGUAGCUUGA